UCGACGGAACUAUUUUACCGCUGCACUGUUUUCCUUGGCUCAUAUGUGUCGUCUCCCACGUACAAAGUUUAAUGUGUGGUUGGAUAACAGAAGUCCAGACUUACAGUACAUAGGCUAUGGAAAUUUAAUUUCCCAGUGAAAUAGGAUCGGGUGAGAACAACAGAGUACCUGAAUCAGCACUGUGCAGUGAAACAGAAUGGCGUCCCCUUCACCCCAUGACCGUAGCCGGAAAGAUGACGAAGAUGACCCUGUUGAACAGAUGAUCUCUCGCACUGGCUGUGCCGAGCUACAUUAUGCUGUGCAAGAGUGCAUGGCUGAACACCAGGACUGGCGAGCAUGCCAGAACCAGGUCCGGUCUUUCAAAGACUGCAUGAUAAAUUUCCAGAAUGCCCGGAAAGAACAGUUGAUGCUUCUUAUGGCCUUUCAUCAUCUUCAUCCACCCGACCAGCCCAGGAGUGACGCCAUCAUCCGCAGCCCGGCCCAUCAUCACUCCAUUGACUAUUUUUUUCCUGCUACCGCUGAUUGA